UAAUAAUAAUAGUAUUAAUAAUUACAAUAAUAGUAAUGAUAAUUAUUUGAAUCGACUGAUUGUUUUUCGGAGCGAUAAAAGUAGUUGCCAAAGACAUAGAGUUCAUCGUUUGUGUGUGGGCUGUGAUACUGCCCGGUUGCCCAAACCGAAGCAGGUGGUUAUCUUAGGGGGCCACUCCCCGAGCCUUUGACCUAAAGGUCUAACCCACAAGGCAGUGGAGCAUCGUAAGGAGAUGCAAUCCCAUGGUAGCCAGUGACCAAAGAUUGGUUCAUACGCCAUUUGUUCCCGCAGGAUACUGGAGCCCAUGUGCACCAUUGGUUUGUGAUCCGGUUAAAGCGCCGGACAUUCGCUUUUCGUCCUCUCAUUUUCGUAAACGACACCCCCGCCACGAGAAGGCAAUGAGUAGGACUUCCCUGGCAGAGUCUGUAUACGCGCGGCCGUGUGAGAGUAUUUCGAGAGGGAGAGCGGACUCACCCCACUCCCGGCCGUACCAGGGCAUUCGGGGGCACCGGUUCUCGUUCAUCAACCACCAAGUAUUUGCUCCAGUGUCAUAAGAUUUUAUAUUUCUAUUGCUUGUUUUAAAGCGCAAACGUAUGUCAAUUUGUGUGAUAUUACUGGGUUCUAUGUCUUAUGUUUUUUUACCACGAAAAACAUCGUUGCUUAUUGGUUGAAGCAAUAUGUUGACGCACCAAAUUAGAAAACUAAACUUGCAGGUUUCUUGUAUUAGAUUGUUUGUUCUUUUUACAGUUAUUAACUUAGAAUUCAGUUUUAUUUAAAAUAUCAGAAGCUUGAUGAAAUUCUCCAAGAUUUUUCGUAAUAAUCUAUAUUCACUUCUGUCGUUUUUCAGCAUAAUUACUUUUGGUGCUGCUUAUGGAAGUAAGAGAUCUAACUAAGCUAGAUAGAGUUUGAUUGUAGUUUUCUGAAUAAUAUGAUAAUUUAUGCCUUACACUUCAUUUUUCAUCAGUUAUUAACAUUUUGUUGCAACCUUAUGGGAUAUGAAAAAUUUCCUACAUACUAACUAGGUUUUCUACUAAUUAAUUGUCAUUCAAUGAGUUCUGUCAUGAUGUUUAGAUUAUGUCCUAUCCAAGGUAAACCUGCACUUUAUGCUUAUUUUCAUGCUUAAAUUUAUGUUGGGCUCGUUGUAGUUUUUUGUUUGGUUGUCUUCGAAAUUAGCUAUCAUUUUGUUCACUCAUUUCUUGUCCCAGCAGGAUAUAAUGUUAAGUGCAUUUCCAUUGCAAGCUUCAUUAUGACAUUCGGUUUAUUUAUAUAAAGUUAAAUUCAAGCAUAUGUGUAUCAUUGAGCGAAAUGACGCCUAUCGCUGUUUUAGAUACAAUGGUUCAAGACGAAAAUGAGGGGUAUACAAACUAGAAUAUAUGCAGUCUGAGUGGUUUGUAUUAUGAAAAUUUCACCUAAGGAUAGUGUAAAAUUGUCGUUUUAUUGUGAUUUAUAACUGACAGAGUUUCAUAAUUGCGUAUGAAAUUAUUUAUCUUAACGUUUGUUUACAGGAUUGGCCUGUCUGCUUUGGAUAAUUAACUUAUCGGAUAUUAGUGGCUGUAAGACGGCUUUAAUCGACAUGAACGUUAUUACUGAUAUGCUGAUAAGUUUGUGAAACUAUAUAAGUUGCUGGAAUCCUACUUUGAAACCAGUGUUUAAGGGUUUAUACAUUUGGGUCGCAAAUUCACUUUUGACUCGGUACUUUAAUACAAAUAAUUUCAGAAGGGGUUUUGAGGAGGUUGUAGUAAUUUCAACAGUUGAGGUCAUGAGUCAAUUUAAUCUAGACCACCAUGGAAAACCUGGAACCACUAGAUGGCCGUUUCGUGUGAUUGUGGGACUCUUUAACAGUGGACAUCCAUGAUUCCGCCUCGCGAGAUUCGAACCCAGGACGUAUCAGUUUCGCGCCAGGCACUUAACCAACUAGACCACUGGGCCGGCAUCCAACGGUGUUCAUGUCUAACUUCAACUAAUCCACGAAAUUGAGCGACACAUCCACCAUUGUCAUCAGUGAGUUACUACCUCACAACUGACCCGGUUGAACUCCACUGGUCACUGCUUCUCACUAGAACUCCAGGAUAUAUCUCUUGAAGCCAGUCACUAGUGAGCAUAUGUUGAUUAGUAUCAGAAGGGGUUUUGUGGAGAUUGUAGUAAUUUCAAUAUUUGAUAUCAUGAGUCAAUAAUUUCGUAAAUAACACUAAUUGUGGUUCUCCAGUUAAUCGAUUUUACAAUACACCAUUCUGCAUCAUCUAAAAGAAGAGUUGUAUAUUGUCAGCAGUAUUUUAAGAACAUCCCUUACUCUUCUAUUAUGUAAUUUAGUCGUCGUUUUCGUCAUCGUUGGAUUGAUAUCGAUAUUCCAAUGUCCUGUGAAUUUCAUUAGCGAUAUCAUUAAGGUGUCAGAUGGGUUUUAAAACAGAAAUAAUUCUAAAUAUUCUCAUAGUUGUGUGGACUUUUGUUGUCAUGGAGUUGAAAUUUCAGUGUUGGGCGCAAAUAGCUUUACUGAACCCAAAUCUCUAGAUAUUAAAAGUAAGGCUAAAUUUAUUACUUUUCAACUAGAAGUAAGGAUAUAUAUGUCGACACACUACUUUCGGUUUCUAUAAUCUGUGAAAGCAGUGUGUUUCAUUAAUUUGAUUGGUUUGUCGAUCUCUCUGAAGUAAUCCAUAAAAGUUGAUACAAAAUAUAGGUUUAUGUAUGUCUACUCUAUAUAUGAGGUAAGGAUGGCAAAUCAAUUGAUGAAGUAGUGAAACUUCAUCAGUUGAGAUGGCUGGGACACGUGUUACGUAUGCCCAACCACCGACUGCCUCGGCGUGCGAUGUUCAAUGGUAUAGGAGUAGAUUGGAAGAAAGCUAGGGGCGGCCAAACCAAAACAUGGCACAAGUCCAUGAAGUCACUGACAAGUAGACUGAGUCAUAUUGGUAGGUGUAGACUACCUGGUUGGGGACCGCGAGAUGAUAGCAACCGAUGGUUAGAGACCCUGAAUGACAUGGCUCAAAAUCGUUUGCAAUGGCGCAGGUGCAUCCACUCUUUGUGUUCUCCCAAAUUCUAAUCUUCUGAAUUCUUCAUGUCUCUUAUUUUUCUUCCAAAUUUGUUUCACUGGAUUAUACUCCUUGAAUAACAUCUUCAAACGCUAAUGUUUCCGAUUACUGCUUAUACUCUUACUACCUCUAGCACUACGAGAUUUGGAUCGACCACUGCAUCUCUGUGCAAAUGUGGUGUGGCAACUCGAACUUAUGUACGUACGUACGAAGUUUUACGUUGUUACUGACUGACUGACUGAUCCCUAAAGUGUUCUGCCCAUCGAUCCAAUCUCCUGGACUCAGAAUGUAUAAUAUGUCCAUCUUUCUCUGAGAGUGUUUCGCUAACAGUCGGUUUCCUUAACAAGUCUGAACAAUUGUCUGCUAUUAUCUAUUGCCGCUGCCUUUUCCACCUCUCUUGCUUUCGCUACCCACCACUGUUUACGAUCAUUGCGUAGAUUUCUUGUCAGCUUGCGCUUAAGCUGACUCCGCUCUUCAUUAUGUUCAGAGCCAGAUGGAAUGAGUUUCUGAGCGUCUAUCAGUGCGAUAGAUGCUGCUGAGAUCCAGUGUUUCUCCCUAACAUUGUGGUUUACCUUACUAGUAGAUAUCACUGCUGUUUCCACAGCUUUUCGGAUAUCAUUCCAUGCUGCCUCGGGGUGGGCAUCACAUACAUGGCUGCCUAAUUGUUUUCUAGUUGUUCCUGAAAUAUACUCUUAGCUUGACUAUCAUUAAGUAGACCCCUUAGAGGUUUCCUUGCAGCAUCUUUCCUACGUCCAGUAAGACGCAGGCAAAUACGCGCUCGUACUAGAGCAUGAUCUGAAUCUAAGCAUGUGCUCCAGAAUGAGCGACAGUUUUCAAUCGAGCCCCUCCAUCGGUGGCUAAUAGCGCUGUGAUCUAUUUGGGUCCAAGGUUGGGACGAAUUAGGGGGUCGCCAUGUUAAAAGAUGUUUUUCCUUAUGCUUAAAGUUAGUAUUCGCAAGGAACAGUCGGUUAUCUGAGCAUAGCUGCAACAGGUGGUCGCCAUUGUCUGUUCUUUGAGCCACGACACCAUAAGAUCUACCUAGGUGUCUUUUCCUAUCGCUUAGUUUACAUACUUGAACAUUGAAGUCCCCAGCCACUAUUACUACAUCAGAGCGCUUAACUUUUCGGAGGUCGGAAAGCUUUCUGUAAAACUCAUCUUUUACAUCAUCUGAGCUGCAGUCAAUAGGAGUAGGCAGAGACGACGAAGAGGCAAUGACGAGUGUCCCUAUCUUUCCGGAUACUUACUGUUCCGUUUAGUUGGACAGCAUACAAACGACUGUCUAUUGGGAUCCAGUCUAAGAGAGCUAGUUCUGCCCUAGGACUCAUCGUUAUACCUACACCAGUGAGGUCACGGAAAGCAGUAUCAGGACUUCCAGAUACACGAAGUGUGAAUCGAGUCGGUUCUUUAUUUUGGCAUGGUGAGGUUAAAUGAAUGACGCUACUCGGGUCCUGUAUGUGCGUUUCGGAGACGCAGCACACAUCGAUGGCGCGGGAUUCUAAAGUCCUAGCUAAGGAAGCCUGCUGUCCUAUUUGGCAAAGUGUUCGGACGUUAAAAGCUCCUACGUGUAGUUUAGAGCGUGGUUUCAGGAGACCAGGAAUAGCGUUCCACGUACUCGAAUCGUUUGCCCUAGCAGUGCGAGGUAAUAAAGAGACGUGAAGAGGGUUAGUCAUGGAGAUAAGAGAGGUAUUAGGAGGUGUAGGAAGGAUUUGAAUGUGACCAACUUGGUCUCGUGUGCUGUUACGGGUAUGAGGGCCGAUGUCACUUCCCGGCUGCCCACACCGUGGAAGGGUAUUUCUUGAGGAACCUGAAAAGGAAAUUGGAUUAGUGUUGGUCUUAACGACCUGGGAGCGUGACCGCAGAGCCCAAGGGACAACUGCUUGAGGCCUGUCGCGCACGGCUUUUUCGUGGGAGGUUUUUAAUGUGUUAGCUCUGUUCUUCGAAGGGCCUUGCCGCCAAGUAUCAGAGUUGUUAGCGAAGUACUGUGUGAAUUUUCGUACAAUGGAACUAACUGUAAAGGAAUAUGCUGCCUGGCUGAACGGUUAAACCUUGAUUUUCUUGAUCUAGAUAUAUUAGAAAAAAUUUAGAAUAAUAGAUAUACCCAAUAACAGUGUCUGCAAUAUGUCGUGUUCAUCAUUGGACACUGAUACGUAUCGAUAGAGAAGCAGUUCAAUCGACAUUAUGGGGCACGAAGACGAUUGUUCACGGGUGGGUCAAAGAGUACUUGCUAUGCACUAUCGUGGAAAACAUCUGACAUGGACAGCUGGUCGGAUAGUGCAAGAGAAAGAGAAUGUAGUUUAUGAGGUGUCAGUUGACUCAAAAGUUUGGGUACGUCAUGCCAAUCAAUUGGAAGCAAAUUCGAUAACCAGCAACGAGACUCGAUAUCUAAUACCUCUUGAUGUUCUGCUAGAUACCUUUGGAACCAAAACACCUGGAACAGACAUGUCAGUUUCUGUGCAAGCAAAGAGUGAUACGACUUCUUUACUGCCUAGAUGAUGGACAAAUCGAAAGCACAGGCCAGUCACUCGGUUGCAGUUGGACCCAAUCACUAGAUCCUACGAGUCUGCUCAAAGAGGAGGUGUUAGCGGGACAUAGAUUGGAUUAAAGCAUGUCCCAUGCACGAUUGCGUUGGUGCACGUUGAUUGGUUGUUUCUUAUCCAAUUAGCGCUAGUCGAUACUUGGAAAGGACUAGAUUCAUUUCUUCAUUGGUGUGUAAUCCAAAUGACCUCUGUUCAUUAUUUCACAGCUUGCCGUUAAUUGAAUAUAGAUUUCAUACUGAGGAUGACAAACAAACUUCCUGUUUAUCAUCAUCCAGUUAUCGGUCUUGUGAUUUGUAAUAUGAAAAAGAUUUUUGUCGAUUGUCUUCGAUAUUUUUGUUCCUAGAUUGAUAAUAUUAGUUUGGGUUUUUGUUAGCCUUUUUAAAUUUAUUUUGAAAUAUAGUAAUAUACCUCCUGCUGCACUUCAACAUUGAAUUUAUUAAAAUCGAUUUAUUUGCAUUUCUGAUCAUGAGCAGUUUUCGGAAACUAUUUAAGGGAUAAUAUACAAUCCUUAUUUUUAAGAAAAUGGUACACAUGAGACCAACGUUUCCGCAGACGCUUAUGUUUUAGUUCAGAUUUGUCCAAAAUGCAUUGUUUUCUGUGGAUCUUAUUGUCUGAUCUUGUACUAGAAUUUGUCUAGUCGUCUAAGAAAUUUGUGAAAUCAUCUCUCAAAUAUUAUAUAGUUCGUUGGAUCGAGUUUCAUUUUUCUUUAUCAUUGCGAUAUGUUUAUAAGCAGGAUUUCUUACAAACGUAAAUGUAAUUUAUUCUAGCCUUUUCAUAGUUUUGAAAUAUGCUUCUUUCUGUAAUGUUCUUCUGUCAGGCCUACUUUUUUUGUUGCGUAGAAACUAUCCAUUAAUUCAUCAAAACUCGUGUUUUAUGUCUUUGACAUUUUCUUCACAUUCUGAUUUUAUUCUCUUUGCUCGAAGCUAUAUUUCUAAAUUUCGUUAUUAUAUCUUAUUUCAGAUUUUAUUUGUUUUCAAAGUUGGUCAUUCUGUACAACGAAAACCUAAACCUGUUAAUGGUCGGACACAUCAUUGGAGGUGUUAUGUAGACAGUUGGAAUCCACGUUAUCCUUUGUCAGCAUUUGUGAAGAAAGUCACUUUUAAACUACAUAGUACAUUUGAAAAUCCGAGACAAGGUGUCCGCUUGAGGUUGUUUUAUGUAUAUAUGUAUGUAUAUGUCAUUUAGUUCUAGUCACUCCACGUAGAUAGGUAGGAAAUUUACUCUGUAUUUACGUUUUGAAAUCCUUAUUACUCCAUAGCGAUUAAUGUUUCUUGGAUUGUGGGGGCAAAGUUAGAUCCAAUCGUUCCACAUCUUAUUGUUUUCACAUUUUCACGACAAAUUUCCACUGUUUGCAAGUAUAUUUAGUAACCAAAGAAUUGUCAAUAGUGAAAUAUUGUUUGAUUUGUUGGGAGAACUAAACUUUCAGUAUUCGGUUAUGAGUGUCUUUACGUACUUUGGUGCUAGCGAAAUACCAAUGUCAAGGCUUCAGGUAGAGUUUCGAUAAAGAGGAACCAAUCAAUGUAGUUGCGAAUUCUCGGUAACUGAAUCAUCUGAGAUAUUUAUCCGCAUCUGAUUAUGGGUUAUCUCGAUUCACAAUAUCGAAAGUCGUAAUAACGGACUAGUGAAGUUGUGCGACAAGCUCCGUUCGCUAUAGAAGAAGAUGGUUUUGGAACAUUCCAGCUUCAAAUUGAAGUCGCAUUCCUUGACUGUGUUACUACAUUUUACUAUGAUUUAACACUUUUCGAUCAGAAUGCUUUACACACAUAUCGUACGAUACAAAUGGAUCCCGCUCCUGAAGAUUGGAGUAAACUCAUUCAACUUGGAGGAAUCGCUAUUCCACGGACAUCAACUCAAUCUACUGUACAUGAGAUCGUUCAAACUAUUCAGUCAUACUCUGACCUAGAAUCACUUCAUCCAUUUUCGUUCUAUCCAGAAUUGGAACCAACUACAAAAGCUGUUAGCAAAGAUAAAUCGUUUGCUUAUACAAAUCAAAGCAAAGUGCAAAAUUAUCAAGAGUCCGAUGUAUAUCCAAACUCAAAAGUAUUGGACUACAGCUCAAAUUAUCAAACUUUACAUUAUGAUGAAUUAGUUAGAAAAUCACCGGAAAAGCAUAAUUUCAUAAUGGAUUCAAAUGUUAGGCAUAGUUUACCAGUAUCAUCUUCAUCCUCUUCGGAUCGAUUAUUGACAAAUCAACAUCUACCACAAAAACAUAAAAAGAAAUUACAAUUAUUACAUGAAGCUCAAUUAUUAUUGGAAAAAGCACAACAGAGUAGAAAUUGGGCACCGGUAAUCUCUCCACCUCCACCACCACCUGUGCAACCACUUAUAACUGGAACUAUAAAUAGUCCUGAAGAUAGUCAUAUACCUUCACCGAAUCUAUCUACGUGGUCUUCACAAUUAAGUCCAUCAAGAUCAAGUUCACACGAUCCGACUGAUGUACUGAAUCAUCAUCAACAUAAUCUAUCCUAUGAAAAUCAAAAAUCUCCUGUUGCACAAUUUCAUGAGGAACCAAUCGUCGAUCCGCCAUUCAACAAAUCUCCAAGAUCUGACUCGACUAGGUUAGUAUCUAUGGUUGGCUCUAGUCAAGAUAGUUCUGGUCCUAAACAACGUAUUGUAUUAAAAUUAUCACGAUCGAGUUGUGGCAGUCAGUUGUCUGUUUCAUCUUCACAACCACUCGAAGGUGAAUCUAUGGAGAGAUCGGAAAGAAAAAAACGUAAAAAAGAAUCAAAGAACGAACGUCGUAGUAAGAAUUUGGGGAGUUCGCCUACAAAACAUUCGUCUGAAUGUCAUAAUACUACUGUAGUGACUACUACUAAUACCACUAAUGUUUAUACUUUGAAUAAAGAUAUAAUUAAUACUGUCACAAACAAGAGUAAACAAGCUGUACAAAUAUUUUCUUCGGAAACAUCACCUUCAUUAUGUAAAAGAAAUUCACCAAGAAAGUAUUCAUCUCAUGAUACAUAUUCAAAUGAUUCAAGUCCUGAAUUAACGUAUAAUUCACGUAAAUCUACACUAAAUAAAAAUCUUAAAAUUUCCUUUGAUAACAACAAUAAUAAUAAUAAUCAGAAAACCUUUGUAGAUGCUGAUGAACACGAUGAUCUAUUUAAAUAUAAUCGAAGAAAUUCAAAUCAACAAUAUUAUCAACAAUAUUCAUCGGUUAAUAAUAUACAACAGGAUACAAAUGAUACAUUUACAUCUGAUAUUGAUUCAUUAUGUGAUUCUGUUAGUCGAUCAACUCAUUCACAUUUACUUCUUAUUGACCAGAAAGAAGAUGAUUAUCAUGAUGAAUCCGGAAGAGAAACUCCAGUGGUUGAUUAUUUUGGUGAUGAAUUUCAACAACAACAUAAUCAGAAAGAUCAACAACAUUCAUCUGCAUUUUCAUCGUCAACAAUUGGAUCUUCAUUGAUGGUAAGAAAUGUCAAAUAUCCUGAUGAAAUAUCUAUUGUUAAUAGUCAAAAUCGUAUCCAAUCAAUUAUUAACAAUGAUACUAAUAGUACUACUAGAUUAGUUGAUUCAGGAGAACCAUUAACACAUUCAGUUAUUGUUAAUACAAGUAGAGAAUUAUAUGAAGAAUUUAAUGAUUUUACAUCAUUAUCAAAAAAUUGUUCAACUUAUGAACAUUCUAAUGAUCAAGAUGAUAUAAAACGAAAUAAAUUCAAUAUAGAUGAAAAAAUCAAAUUAAAACAAUUAAAAAAUAAAUUAAAGCAUAAAAAUUCUUUUAAUUCAUCAAUUAAACUAUUAUCUCAUACAGGCAAGAACCAACUAGAUCUUGAAAGAUCCACUGACUCAACAAUUCGGGUACCACCAGCAGUAAAACAGUUUAAAGUAUCAGAUCAUUCCAAUUCGAUGAAUAAUAAUUGUCAGUCAAAAUCACUUAGUAAUCUCGAAAGUAAUUCAGCAGACGUGUAUAACAGAAAAAAGCCAGUUGCGAAAAAAUUCAAAUCUCAUGAUAGCUCGUCUUCUUCUUCUUCUUCUUCUUCUUCAUCAUCAUCAUCAUCCUCUUCGUCUUCAACAACAUCGUCAUCGUCAAAACGAUUGAAUAUACCUGCAGUUGAUCAUACUACAUUGUAUGGAAAUUCACCAACCAUUCAUAAAACAAAAGACAAUGAGUUGAAAAAUAUGGGUAAAUUUAAAACAAUUGAAAAGUCAUCAGAACAACGGCAACACUCAUCAAAUAAAAUGCUACCCAGCGAUCAUGAAACAUGGAAAUCAAUGACAGUCUCCGGUACACAUAAAUAUGCUUCAAAAGUUUUAUAUCCCACUGAGAAUAAUAAGCAAAAUAAUAAUGAACAAUUGGUAAUGAGAGAACAGUCAAAUCGAGGACCUUCCAAUAGUUCCACUUCAUUCGACAAAGUCAGUAACGACAGCAAUAACAUUGCAACAUCAACUGUGUCGCGAAUCGAUAAUGACUUUAUUAAUACAGAGUUAUCAUCUUUAUCUUCGGAUUCACCAUGUGAUUCUUCAUCAUCCUCUGUCACUCCACCAAUGUUAUCUGAUGAAACUUUUCAUUUGAUAAGUGUGAACGAAGUUGAAUUCGAUGAAUCUCAAAGUGGUACUGUAAACAACUCAAAAUCAAGUGUAAACAAACCUAUUGCGACUCCGGCUUCUCUACUCUCGGUACGUGGAUCAGAAUCUGUUGUCGUACAGGAGAAAAACGAUACAAAUCCCACCAGUAAAGUAAUCUCAUCUAAUAAUAAUGGUAGCAAGUUGGAAAGAUGUAUGAAUCUCGAUCAUCAGGUUACUUCUCCAAACGUUGACAACGAUAAUUCAGAAUCCACAAAACCCAGUGAUUAUAAUUUGGAAGUUUUAUUCGAUAGAUUAAUUCGUUUACGUGAACCACAUCUAGCUAUUCGUAUGAGUGAAAUCCUGUUAUACUACAUAUCUGCAAAACCACCUGAUUCUUCAGAACGUAAAAAUAAGUCAAAUCUCAGUGCAUCCAAUAGUAAUAACAGUAGUAAUUUUGGCAAGGGUGUAAAAGUGAUACACAAUAACCCUAAAUUGAUUGCAUUUGACCUGCGUAAGUUACCUAAUUCAUGCAUUGAAAAAUUAACAGCUCUUAUUAAAGAAGAUGAAGAUAUAUUUCGAAAACACAAUUUCACAACUCUUUCUAAAUCAAAUGAUAUAAAAAAUAGUAUAUGUAAUGCUAGAAGACCCGUUCUCACUGAAGACGUUUGCCGUAAUGAUAACUUUCAUAAUCCCGAUAGGCGUUAUGAGUGCAGUGAUCAAAGAGAUUCCUCAGGAUCUGGAGAUCCAUAGUAAUUUUACUUUAUGUUUGUGAUAACCCUUCAUCUCUUCGAUAUUAAGACGAUUGCACAUGUAAAGUGAUGCCACGCUUUUCUGCUUUGUACAUUAUAUUUCCGUAUAUACCUGAUUUCUACUUUCUUGUCUUAUCAUUAUUUUGUGCACAGAUACGUGUUUUAGUUUAUUUGCUUUUCUGAAAACAAAACUGUACAUAUACUCGAAGUUUUCAAAGUUUCUUGUACUUUGCUGUUCGUCUAACUUGCUCAAAAUACAUGUCAUUAAAUGAUAUGCAUUCGUAGGAUUUUGUGUUGUAUUUCUGGUUUCCUGCAAUUUUUCACACUUAAUGCCUUACAGCAAAAUCUUAGUGCACAAAGCUCUUUUCUAUCAUACAAAUUUCAUUUCGAGAGUUACCUUGUUCUCAUUUUUACCCAAUAUGUGCUCCGGAAUAUCAUCCACU